AUGCAUACUCGAGGUGGAUCAAGUACCCGGGGGCAAUCCGGUUUGGGAUUCGGGUCACGGGUUUCUUCACUUUUCCUAGCCAUGUUUGCGACCAUGGCUACCAUUUACGUUGCUGGCCGUUUAUGGCAGGAUGCAGAGACUAGAUUGCGUUUAGUUGAAGAACUUGAUAAAAUAACUGGUCAGGGGAAAUCUGCUGUUUCUGUCGAUGAUACAUUAAAAAUUAUAGCUUGCAGGGAGCAACAGAAGAAGUUAUCAGCAGUUGAGACGGAAUUGGCUGCUGCAAGGCAGGCGGGUUUUGUUUCAAAAAAAUUGGUUGAGAAGGGUGAUGGGCAUUCUAAGAAAAGGAUUUUAGCUGUUAUUGGAAUUAUUACAACAUUUGGUCGAAAGAAGAAUAGGGAUGCUAUUAGGAAGGCGUGGAUGCCUACAGGUGCAGCGCUAAAAAAACUGGAGGAUGAAAAGGGCAUUGUAUUGCAAUUCGUAAUAGGAAGAAGUCCAAAUCAUGGUGAUAGUUUGGACAGGGAGAUCGACAAUGAAAAUAGGCAGACUAAUGACUUCAUUGUUCUUGAUGGUCAAGUGGAAGCAAUAGAGGAGCAACCAAAAAAGUCGAAAUUAUUCUUUAUACAUGCUGUAGAGACCUGGGAUGCUGAAUUUUAUGCUAAGGUCAAUGAUGAUGUUUAUGUUAACAUUGAUGCCCUGGGAGCAACACUUUCUACUCACUUGGAUAAACCUCGUGCUUAUAUCGGGUGUAUGAAAUCAGGCGAAGUUUUUUCUGAGCCGACCCAAAAAUGGUAUGAACCAGACUGGUGGAAAUUCGGUGAUGGAAAAUCAUACUUCCGACAUGCAUCGGGUGAAAUCUAUGCUAUUUCACGAGCUCUGGCUCAGUUUAUUUCAAUUAACAGGUCCAUUCUCCGUUCAUAUGCCCAUGAUGAUGUCAGUACUGGAUCAUGGUUCAUUGGGCUUGAUGUAAAGCAUGUUGAUGAAUCAAAAUUUUGCUGCUCCUCAUGGUCCACAGGGUCAAUAUCAAGGAAGGGUUCCCUUUUCACGCACCCUCUUUCAGUCUUUCUGGUUCCUGAUGACAGACACAUGAACUCUCAUGCAAUGCAUCUGGUGAGAGUUGAUCCUGAUUGCAUCAAAAUUGUGAAAUUGUUGGUAGAAGAGGAUGAAUGUUAUAUCCAAUUAUGCUUUGUUAAAGGGAAUUCUAUCACAGUUCAAACCUUUUCUUUGAGAGAGUAUGAAAUUCUUCUAACCGGAGGUUGGUUUGACUUUAUAGAGGUUGAGCUCGGGCAGGAUUUGCUUACAUGCACAAGAUUCUAUUCCCACAUUGCCUUUCAAAGGGUCCAUGACGGUGUUAGGAUAUUUCCUCCUGUGCUCAGUGACCUGAGGGCAGCAGCAGCUGUUGAAGUUGCAAAGGAUAGAAAUGGAGUUGAUCAGGUUGUGCUGCGAAACCGGCGAGGGGCUUCAGCUCGGGUUAGCUUGCAUGGAGGACAGGUGCUGUCGUGGAGGACUGACCAGGGCGAAGAAUUGUUAUUCACUAGCAGUAAGGCAAUUUUCAAGCCACCAAACCCAGUGAGAGGAGGAAUUCCCAUUUGCUUUCCUCAGUUCGGAAAUCGCGGAUCGCUAGAGCAACAUGGGUUUGCUAGGAAGAAAUUUUGGGUGAUUGACCAAAAUCCACCACCAUUUUUUCAUCACAAUGACUUCAAUGACAAAGUCUCUACCGAUUUACUACUUAAGCCAUCUGAAGAGGAUCUAAAGAUCUGGCCACAUAGUUUCGAGUUUCGGCUUAGGGUGUGUUUGACAGCAGAAGGGAAUCUAACCAUGAUAUCGCGCAUCAGGAAUAUCAGUUGCAAGCCAUUUAAUUUCUCAAUUGCUUUCCAUACAUAUUUAUCAAUCUCAGAUAUCAGUAGUUCUCUUACUGCCAUAGUAGGCUUCCGUUUUCUUGGUCUCCUCAAAAUUCAGUUUUACAGACAAGAACUUUCUGAGCUAGCUUCUAGUGAAGUAAGAGUAGAGGGGUUGGAAACUCUUGACUAUCUUGACAACCUUUGCCAAAAAGAGCGCUUCACAGAACAAGGAAAUGCCUUGACAUUUGAAUCUGAGGUGGAUCGGGUUUACCUCAGUUCUUCAGAUGUGGUUGCUGUUUUUGAUCAUGAGAGAAAGAUGACAUUCACCGUCCGGAAGGAAGGACUUCCAGACGUUGUGGUAUGGAAUCCAUGGGAGAAGAAAUCCAAGUCCAUGGUAGAUUUUGGAGAUGAAGAGUACAAACAGAUGCUUUGUGUUGAUGGGGCAGCAAUUGAGAAGCCAAUUACAUUGAAGACAGGUGAGGAAUGGACAGGCAGGCUAGAGCUCUCUGGCAAAACACUGGGCGGAGAAGCUACUCUGAUAUCAGAGCCAGGUUUCGAUCCUGGGACCUGUGGGUUAUGGGCCCACCACGCUUCCGCUGCGCCACUCUGA